GACUUGCUAUGUUACCUUAAUUUAUGUUAGGCUAGGCACGGUAUAUUCAAUUUUUAUUUUAGGGUAUGAUCAAAUUAUUUUCUUUAAAACAACAGAAAAAAGAUGACAACGAUAAUUCUAAAGACAACAAUUCACAAUCUAGUAAAAAAUCUUCAGCCGCCCAAUUACGGAUUCAAAAAGAUAUAAAUGAAUUAAAUCUUCCACCAAAUUGUGAAAUUGAAUUUCCUGAUCCAGAUGAUCUCUUAAAUUUUAAAAUAAUUUUAUGCCCAGAUGAAGGGUUUUAUUGUGCUGGCCAAUUUUUAUUCAAUUUUAAAGUCAGUCAAGGCUAUCCACACGAACCACCUAAAGUUAAAUGUGAGACAAUGGUUUAUCAUCCCAAUAUUGAUUUAGAAGGUAAUAUAUGCCUUAACAUAUUAAGGGAAGAUUGGAAACCUGUUUUAACAAUAAAUUCAUUAAUAUAUGGACUUCAUUAUCUUUUAUUGGAGCCAAAUGCAGAGGAUCCCUUGAAUAAAGAAGCUGCCGAAGAGUUAAAAAAUAACAAACGGCUCUUUGAACAAAAUGUUUAUAGAUCUAUGAGGGGUGGGUAUAUUGGAAAUGUAUAUUUUAAAAGAUGUAUUAAAUAAAUGUUGUUAUAAAAUUUAAAUAUGUAAAUAAUAUGGAUUCAUUUAUAUAUAUUGGUAUUAACAUAUAAAUAAUUUUUUAUUUAUAAUAAAAGAGUUAACAAUAAUCAAUUAUUAUAUCAUUUUAUUUUCAUGUUUAUAAACUAUUUUAAAUGCUGUGUAUAUAUUUAUUAA